AUGUCCAGCGAUAAUUACAAAGAAUUAAAUUAUUCAGAGUUGUUCAAAAAUUUAAUUAUACCUCGAGAACAAAGUACUAAGAAACCAUCGGAAAAUAAAACUGUGCGGGAGGAUGGUGAUGAGGAUGCGAUGAUUAUUAAUGAUAAUAUAAUAACGUUCUUAUACUAUUUAUUUCCACGAGAAUUAUUUAUCAAGGCGUUAUCUUUGAUUGAAUCCAAUGAUAUGUUUAUAUAUGUUUUGUUACCGAAUCAUAUUGAUCCAAGUAUGGAAAAUAAUAAGGAUAAGAAUAACACUUAUAUUACUAAGACCUUUGACGACAAAGCCGACAAAGAUAAUAUGGCUUCGAGAUCCAAAACGAUUGAUAAUAAUGAUGCCGAUGAUACUGUUGAGAAGACAAAGAGUAAUGAACCCACUCGAACGAGUAUAGAUAGUAUUAAAUUAAUUGAUAUGUUAUACGAUGAAGAUAAUGAUGAUGACGAUUCACUUAUAUAUGAACUAAUUAUUAAAUCAUCAAAUGAUCGUAUACCGCCCAUAACUACUACUUUAAAGAAUUGGAAUUGUUCAUGCGUUGAGUUCACAGAACAUUUCCGUAAAGGAAUGAUGAUGAAGAACAAUAUUGAUGAAGAGAUGAAGUUGAUUGAUCGAUUCAUUAAGAUAAUUGAUGAUCCGACAAAAUUUUCCAAUGAUAUAUUUGCUAAAAUUGAUAAGUUUAGUCUUUCAAAACAGUAUUAUUUUGAUUUAAUAAAGAAUAAAGGAAUCAUUUGUCCUCAUUUAUUAGCUUAUUCGAUAUUAUUAAAAUCUUCUAAACAAGUUUUGAAAUAUUUCAUUUUGAAUAAAGCUGACGUUAUUUUAAUUCCCAUUACUAACAUGGAUGAAUGGUUAAAAUUGCAUAUAAAUAUUAUUAUAUAG